AUGCCUGUUGAACCUUUUGAUGAGCUGCAAAAAGAAUCAAAUGAACGAAUAGUAUUAAAUGUUGGCGGGGUUAAAUACGAGACAUGUCGAACAACACUAACAAAAUAUCCGGAUACCAUGCUUGGAACGAUGUUUCACGAGAGGAACAGUGAAUUACUUCACCCAAAAAAUGGAAACGAAUACUUUAUUGAUCGUGAUGGACACAUUUUUCGAUACAUCUUACAAUUCUACAGGACCGGAAAAAUUCCAACUUCAGAUAAAGUUAUAGGAUUAAUACCGAUAACACCGCAAGAAUUAGAAGCAGAAUUAGAUUAUUUUAUGAUACCACGACCGAAACCUGAAGAGCCAAAACCAAACCCAGUUAUACCGAAAAUUUCAAUACGUCACAAAAUGAUUGCACAAGAAAUCGACAACUUUGUCGAAGCAUUAAAGAAAGUUAUACACUUGAUGUCUGUAAAAUUCUACGAAGAAUUUCUGAUAAAUCAAAAUUUCGAAGUCGGAAUCGAAAUGACAUUUCAUAAAUGCGAUCCGUUACGAUUGUACAUCUUUGCACCGCCUGCAAACAUGAAAGCCACCAUACAAAAAAUCAUGGAACCAUUCGAACGUAUUGGUUAUUUAUUAUUCGAAUCGUCAUUUGGGCCCGAUAUUGGUCGAUACAUUUCAUCGACGAUGAAUGGUGUUGUUUGGGAGAUAAAAGAACAAGUAAAGCAUUAUGAUUCAAAUUGUACCAUCAAAUUGUACGACUUACGAAUUUCAAUCGUUGACACGCUGGAUCAUGAUGAUAUUAUUAGCAACACUUGUCUGGGCGAAACAGCGCUUUCAUAA